CACACUUAUAAUCACUACAACAACUAUAAUAAUAUUUUCAAAUUCUCCAUUUUGAGUGUAAUCCUACGAGAGGAGCUUAUCUAUUUCAAUUUUCAGUUUCCUAAUAUACUCUACACGGAUUCCAAGAACAAUCCACGUUGAGAUUUGAGAAGACUGAGUUGUGUCUAUAAAAGGGUGUGAUGUUUUGGGAGGAGGUUGUCUUGUUCUUAUUCAAACCACCGCAAAAUGCAGCCAGCGUUAAUGGCGAAUCCCCAAAACCCUAACCUACCUGGUGACUCACAGCCCUUGCUAAUCAUCCCGCAAGAAAUCAUCGUUGAAAUUCUCUUCAGGCUUCCUGUCAGAUCGCUGCUCAAAUUCAAGUCCGUUUGUAAAAGUUGGCGGUCUUUGAUUUCUGAUCCCAAGUUCGUAAAAACUCAUCUCACUUUAUCAUCUGCGGCCAAUGACGGUACCCACUCCAGACUCAUGAUAAGAUAUGUUGGUCCCUAUUUUGGUCUGAAAUCGUGUUAUCUGUACUCUUUGUUUGAUAAGCAGACUCCUAAUGUUGUUGAUCUUAAUUAUCCUUUGGAAAACACUUAUCGUACUGCUUGGUUUGUGGGUUCUAGCAAUGGGUUGGUUUGCAUAGCUACUGACGAGUUUAAGUUGUGUGUGUGGAACCCAUCUACUGGGAAAUCCAAGAUAUUUUCGGGUUUUAAUGUGAGAUUGCUUCUAAAUCUCAGGAUUAAAUAUGGUUUUGCUUAUGAUGAGUCCAUUGAUGAUUACAAGGUGGUGAGUAUCUUUGAUGUUGAGGGUAAGCUGAGUUCGUUUGAGACUGAAGUUUAUACUCUGGGGACUAGUUCUUGGAGGAGGAUUGGAAAGUUUCCUUGUGGUGGUCCUUUAUCUCUUACAGGGAAAUUUGCAAAUGGGGCUCUUCAUUGGUUUUCAACUGGUAAUCCUUAUGAAAUUUUUCCCACCGUAAUUUGUUCUCUGAAUCUGUCCAGUGAGACCUAUGGGAAGAUUGCACUACCUAGUUUCGGGGGCAGGUGUUCUGGUGUCAGGUUGGAUGUCCUAGAUGGAUCUUUGUGUGUAAUUUGCAACAAUGCUGGAAGUCAUGCUGAUUUAUGGGUGUUGAAGGAAUAUGGCAUUGAAGAGUCAUGGACCAAGCUGUUUGUUAUCCCAUAUCCGACAUCUCCAUUCAGUGGUGUGUAUUCUCGUCCAUUCUGCUCUUUAAAGAAUGGUGAACUUUUGAUGGACUUUAAGUCCCGCCUGGCUGUGUAUAAUCCAAAAGAUGGUAUAAUUAGGUAUCUUGACAUCCAAAACUAUGAAACCUUUUAUGAAGUGUGCCCCUAUGUUGAGAGCCUGGUCUCGGUGGGUGCUGACAAUCUGACUCAAGGCCAACAUCCUUGAUUAAAGAAAUGUGGCUAGCUAAGCUUGAGUUGGAAGCCAACCUUGGAAGAAAUUAAGAAGUAUGUUUCCGCCAUUGUUGAAGACUGAAGUUGUUGGGGGAGCUGCGGUACAUAACAAGUUCUUCUCCAGAUGUCAUAAAAUCUCAGAAUUAAUCUUCUAAUUAGCAAAUGAUGUUGUAAUUUGUUUCAGCAAUUAAGAGGGUUAAUUCUGUGCUGUAAUAUGAAUGGUUUUAAGGCAAAAAGUUCUAUAUAUUUUGACAAAAUUUAGGUUUGGGUUCUAUUAUGACAAGAUUGAGUUUGGAAGCAAGAUUGAGAAUUACCUUGCGAGUGCUCGUCUUCUCUUCUUCUUCUUCUUCUUCAAAUCCCAAUAGAAAGCAAUUACGCAUAUGGAUAUGGCGACUGAAGGCAAUCGACGGUUCA